AUGGCGGCCGUCGUAGAGAGAGUUGAUGGUUGUGUUGGGUCCUUGGACUCAGACUCGGUGUCACCGAGAUCGUCCAGCCCUCCACCGGACCAGCCGCACCAGAACAACCCGCUGUUAGGACUGCCCAUUGUGGCUAUUGAGACUAUUCUCCAUUUUCUGUCUUACGAUGAAAUCAGCCUGCUGCGCUCGGUGUGUAAGCGCAUGGAUAUGAUCUGCCAGCGUGUCCUGAAUCAGGGCUUCCUGAAGGUGGAGCGUUACCACAGUCUGUGCCAGAGACAAGUCAAAGCCCAGCUACCCAGGCGAGAGUCUGAGAGGAGAAACCAUUCCCUGGCCCGUCACGCUGACAUCCUGGCUGCCGUGGAGACACGCCUCUCUCUGCUCAACAUGACCUUCAUGAAGUACGUCGACUCCAACCUCUGCUGCUUCAUCCCUGGAAAGGUGAUAGAUGAGAUUUACCGUGUGCUGCGCUACGUGAACUCAACUCGAGCCCCACAGCGAGCACAUGAGGUUCUGCAGGAGUUGAGGGAUAUCUCCUCCAUGGCCAUGGAGUACUUUGAUGAGAAGAUUGUCCCCAUCCUAAAGAAGAAGCUGCCAGGGGCCGACCUGUCCGGACGCCUCAUUGGCUCUACACCAGUGGCAGGUCCAUCCACCUCUCUGACCACCAUGUCCCUGCUGGCCAAGAACACGCCGUCGCGCUCUGAGAUGACCAAGGUGCAGCAGCAGGUGAAGGUGAACGGGGCGUCAAUGACAGUACUGCGGAGGGAGAUGCAAGAAAUUCGUGUGAAGCAGCUGGAGCAGCAGAAGCAGCUGCAGGAUCAGGAGCAGAAACUGCUGGAACAGACGCAAGUGAUCGGUGAGCAGAACGCCCGCCUCGCUGAGCUGGAACACAAGCUCCGCGAGCUGAUGGAUAGUAGUGCUGCUGCCAUGGGAGGUCCCCGACCCAGCACAGCCGUCCCCUCCACAUCCAGCAGCGCUGCUGUGUCUUCCACUGUUGCCAGCACGUCUGGUAUUGUGUUGGCAAGUGGCAGCGUGGCCGCAGCCUCUCUAUCCAGAGAGCCAGAGGGCGAGAGGGGGUCAGCACUCAAACGCACCAGAAAGAGCUCAGACCUUCCACGACAGUCCAAACGGCUGCGCAGCAAGAAAUAAGAAACUCAGUGUGUCAUUUAGUUGAAGUUUUGUUUUUGGUUUCGAGGUCUGACUGAUCACACCUUCUCCCCAAUCCCCUGCGUCACUGCCCACCGCACCUCAUCACCUGUACUGUCUGUGAGAGGAGUUGGGAGUAUCCCUGUACGCUUUACCCCACCCCACUAAAUCAGAGUAUAGGCAGGUGGUCGGCCCUUUGUAGCUAAGACUAUUUAUUGAAGGUUACAUUAAAAUGACUGUAUAGCUUUUUAAUGUAGAUGCUUUUCUAAGAGGCUUUGGCAUGGCUUAACAGAAAUUCAGAUGGUCGGUAAAUUUGUUUGAAGUCACAUUGUACGUGUUAUUAAUGUAGUUCCUGUUUCUGAAAUAAAAUCUACCAAGAGAUUUUAUUUUGGAGACUUGCACAAUUAAAAGGAUAUCACAGUAAAAAUACAGACUCAUGACAGUCCUUACAUCACAAGUUAAAUAAUCUUAACCUAAAUAAUAAACCUAAUUAAAGUUGCAUGUUUUGGGUUAUCAGUGAGCUCCUUUCCAUUUUCACAUGGGUACGAUGUCUAAAUCCAUAAGCUUUCAUUUCAUUCACACUUGCUUCUUCUUAACUUUGGCUAAGUGCAAUAAUCAUCUAAAAUAGUAAGAAGUAAUUCACAUUCCUUGCCAGUAACUUGGAUGGUCCAUUCAUAUUGCUGCUCAGAUCAGUUCAAUCUGGCCAGUUUUUCACCAUAAAAGUGAAGGAUGGGAUCUUAAAGAAGGAAAAAGGUGUUUAAGUUGCAUUAGUCAAAGUGUCAGCUGUUGAAUCUUGUGAAACUAAUUUCUUUAAAAGGUUUCCCGUGAGAUCAGACCGUUCUAGCUCUGGUGUGCCUGAUAGCGCCUGGUGUUCAUGCUUCUCUUUUACUCUGUGCUGAGGACAAGCAAACUGCUCUCCAAUGGCGAACACGUUUUGCAUGUUUCCUUUCAGGAUCAUACCAGUGUUUUACAUAGUUCAGCCUAUUUAAUACAAAUAAUGCACAGCUCCGUACAGCUCAACACUUUAUAAAGUACAGUGUUCUUUCUACUUUGUGGACAGCCGUUUAUUUAUUAAUUAAUUUCUCUGCAGUUUACUUGCACGUUACUGAUUGACUGCUGUUCUCUGCCAAAAUAGGGUUAUCAAAAUUAGAGAAAUAGUAGUUGCUCAAUCAUGCUUCAUUUCGACCAACAAUUCCGAGUUGAAAUCUUUGUUCUUGAGUCUGACAAAAUAUAUUAACUCAAGAUCCACUUCCUAGCUUUAUUUCAGAGCUUUUAGCUACAUCUCUGCCUUCAGCCGAGUUUGGUGUAUUUCCAUGUCACGAAGUAACGCUUUAGAAGUUUCUAGAAGCUCGCUGUGUUCAAAAUAGCAUAGUAACAUACUACAUACUGGAUCUGUAUGGACUACAUACUGGAUCUGUAUGUACUACAUACUGGAUCUGCAUGUACUGCAUGUUACGUACUGGAUCUGCAUGUACUGCAUGUACUUGAGUAUACUCAAGCAAUAAGUCUUCUCUUCAUCAAUGACAUGACUCGUACUCAGAAAUUCUUGUUAAUCUAGUAUUCAUCCAAGCAUUUCUCACAUGAACAAAAUCCACGUACUAUGCAGUUAGAAUGCACUACAUACUCAAUUUGACGUCAUACUUUGUGAAUGGAAUGUUAAUAUGCGAUUUGAAUACAGCCUGAUCAUCAUGUACAGAAUAAACAUGAUCAAGUUUCAGAUUUCUUCAACACAUACCUGCUGGACUUAGGCUCUCACUGUUUAUCAGGCUAAUUAUUUGUAGUAAAUAGUUGGAAACGGAGACACUCGUAUGGUCGUAGAAAUUAUGUCAAAUUAGAAAAGUAUACUUUAUAUGUAAUGGUAUUUAAAGGGUCUAUUCAUCCAAAUGAUUAAUUUUCUCACUUCCUUGCUGAUCUGUAGUGAUGGUAGAGGGAUGCUAGAUAUGUUCUACACUCGGAGUAAGAGAAGUUCCCCAGCUGUGGUUUGAAAGGAAGCACUCUUCCCCCCCUUCUGUAAGCCCAUAUUGUGGCUGCACUUUUGUUUGAAGCUCUUCUGUUGUUUGGAUGACCUGAACAUGAAGUUUUGGUAAAGAAACUUUGGAGAUGCAGUUCACAUCUUGGUGAGCACUCGUGCUUAUGGUGACUGGGCAGAAAAACACAAGAAGAUGUAAUCUAGUAGCUUAAUUUGAGACUGCGUCUCAGUUUAGAAAAUUGCACUGUAAUCUUCAUGUACUUUAAAGUCUAGAUUGUGAAUUAUUUCAUGUAUGUAUACCAAGAAAACUCUUUUGAGUUGGCUAACUACGGUUUUGUUGCGGACAUUGCUGUUACAAAUGUACAAAUCAAACUUAUUAAAAACUCAAUUUAACUCAUC